UCAUUACAAAUAUGACAAUUAGUUCACAUAUUUUGAUGACGCAACUUUUAGAGUCACCCCUACUAAUCGUUUCCCUUUUAUUCUUAUCUGACGUUUCCUACAUGAAAUAAAUAAACUUUGGACCAGUUUAUGUUUUACUUUCUUUAACAGAAAAUUGAGCAAUGACACCUUACUCGGUUGUUACGUAAAGAAGGUUUAUAUUCUUAUUAUAUGUAACCUCUAACAAUGACGGAUUUACCAUGAUUAAAGUGAUGAAAAAAUAGAUUGAUGGUGUCGAUUGUUGCCAAAUGUCUUAAGUGUUUUUCUUUUGUUGUUCCCUUGUGACAUAUUGGACCUUUGUUCGUUAUUCAUGACACAUAAUGAAUAUACUGUUCUUUAAUCGUUAUACUGUAUUAUACCUAAACCCUAAUAUAGGUGUUUGAACUGACGAACGGAUAAUACAUAAAUAGAUAAAAGCCGCAUGAACAUAUAAAGAACAAUAAAAAACAGACAAUUAAUAACGUAACUUAAAGUUGUCGUCAUUUUCAAAGUACAGUUACGCAGAUGAUAUUUUUACAGUUGGAUUCCUGAAAUCCUAUAUUUGUUUCUUUACCUUAUAUGAGAGAAAAAUUACUAGAAGUCUCGAAAAAAUUAAACUAUUUGGACAAUUCAGAUGACAGUAAGAUAGUGGAUAUAUGUGUCGUGUAAUCGUGUAUUUUAUGACUGCCUCGAUAACAAAAAUGCCAACGACUGGAUCAAAUCCUCUUUAUUUAAGCAAUAAAGUGUUAGUAGAGUCCUUUUAAAAAAAUCAGUUUAAGGAUAAUAAAUCAAUAAAAAUGCUUUAUUUGGUGCUUUUAACUUUUCAAAUUUCAUACGAUAGGUUUGUGCGAGCAAGUUCUGCUAGAUCUUUUUAUUACAAUUAAAAUAUAUUUAGUGCGGAAACGGUAAUGUGUUAAAUACAUAUUUACAAGUAGAUACACUGUUGAAUUCGUAAAUAUUUGCCGAAUUGGAACUAUGUGGACCUAAUUAAAUGGAAUAAGUCGUGUUUCUUUGUCUUUGCCGCGCCAUUCAUGCAUUUGACAAAUUAUUUAAGGCGAUGAUAAAUGUUUCAGGUUUAAAUGCAUAUGUUUAAGUGACUUUUUAUGUCUAAUGAUGCUUUGUGGAAUUUAGAAACAAAUCUGAUAUAUUCAAAGCGAACGGUCAACGGCCUAGAAUCAUUUAAUCAGUUAUGGAUUUUCAUGAAAGAUGUUCGUCUUGGGUAUUUAAAUUGAUAAUCCUAGCAUUUGUGUUUUCAUGCACAUUCAUUGCAAAGUUUGGAAUACAUUUAAAAAGCUUCAAAGUACAUGUUACCGAUGAAAAGCCGAGAGAAGACCGUAACCAAACUCCAGUAUGUCAAAGCAAUCGAGUAGACGAUAUACCAGAAAAAACAAAACUUCCGCCUUUACUUAAAGAUUUCAAAUGCCCUUGCUGGAUCGAAAGGAAUACGUUCGAUUCGGCCACGCGGGUGAGAUGUUUACCGUAUUUCUAUCUGGUAGGAAUGCCAAAAUGCGGGACAACAGACUUUUUCAGUAGAAUCACCUAUCACCCAUCAAUUUCUAAUAAAUCUAAAAAAGAAACACAUUGGUUUUCGAGGAGACGGUUUAACAUUAACGGUAAAUAUAGAUAACUAUCAAGUUAUAUUCAAUUCUACGACAGUUCAGUAAAGGAAGAUGUUCUGAAAUCAAAACAGGCGGAUGGAAGCUACAACGGAAUUUUUGGUACGUAACAUUGUAACUAGCAUUAAAGUUAUCGUUAAAUGUUUGUUCAUUUUUGACUGAGGUUAACAGGUCUUUUUAUUUCAUUUCAAGAUAGUGCCAUCCAAUUAAAAGAUAUAGACAGACAAUUCGGAUUUGGAUUUUUGAAAAUAUCAUGUGUUUAACUUGGGUGAAGAAUAAUGGGGGGAAACUGUGCAUCUAUUAUACAAUGUCU